GGGCAGCGGGCAGCGGGCAGUGAUGGACGAGAGCUCGGCGCUGCUGGGGGACCCGCGCCGGGCGCUGUCGGCGCGCCAGAGGGCAGCCUACGGCCUGGGCCACGUGCUCAACGACAUCUGCGCCUCCAUGUGGUUCUCCUACAUGCUGCUCUUCUUCCAGGUGGCCAUCGGCAUGGACGCGGCCGUGUCGGGCGCCAUGAUGCUGCUGGGCCAAGUUGUCGAUGCCCUGGCUACCCCAGUCGCUGGCAUCCUGUCCGACAGAUACGGCGACAGGAGAAUAUGGCAUAUAGCGGGGAGCGUGGUGGUCACGGCCAGCUUCCCGCUCAUGUUCACGCAGUGCCCCGGCUGCGAGUCGCACCUCUCCACGGCCGCCUACUACGGAGUGCUCAUCACGGUCUUCCAGGUGGGCUGGGCCUUCGUGCAGAUCUCGCACCUGUCGCUGCUCACGGACCUGACCCCGCACAAGGAGGAGCGAGCCCACCUCACCUCCGUCAGGUACACGGCGUCCGUGUGCGCCAGCGUGAGCGUGUACCUGGUCACCUGGGUCGUGUUCCACACCACCAAGACCUCGGCGGCAGACCGCAUCAUGCUGGGCGACUCUUACAAGUUCCUGGACAUUGUGCUGGUCGGCACGGGCAUCGGGAUCCUGGCGACCGUGCUGUUCCACCUGGGCGUGCGCGACGCCAGGGCACAGACGCGCAACAGCGCCGUGGGCACGGCAGCCACCUGGGAGGGCUGCGUCGACUACUUCAGGUCCCCGCUGCUGCUGCAGGUGGCGUUCCUGUACGUGGCGAGCCGCAUGUUCCUGACGCUCAGCAUGGUCUACAUCCCCCUGUACCUGGACGAGGGCAUCUCGGAGGAGUCGGAGAUACUGGCCACCGUGCCGCUGGUCGCCUACAUCGCCUCCUUCCUCGCCUCCCUCGGCAUCAAGUACCUCAGCAACUUCUGUGGCAACAAGGUGAUCUACCUGAUAGGGGCAGUGGCCAGCACAGCUGCCUGCAUCUGGGUGAACUACGGCUCGGGCGACAACUACAAGACCUACCAGAUAUACAUGGUCGCCGUCCUCUUUGGGGCCGGCAGCUCCAUCACGCUGGUCUCCAGUCUGUGCAUCACCGCGGACCUCAUCGGCACUCACACCGAGCAGGGGGCCUUCGUCUACAGCAUCGUCACCUUCUCCGACAAGCUCUUCAACGGCAUCAUCAUCAUGAUCAUCGAGGCGCUGGAGUGCGCGAGCCAGGAGCUGUGCCCCAACUACUACCACGACGUGCUGGUGUACGUGUGCGGGGGCUCUGCCCUCGUGGGGCUCCUGGUGCUAGCGACCCUGAGGAACGUGUCGGUGGACCGGGCCGCCCCCGCGACCAUCAAGUAGCAGCGCGACGCUCCUCGCAGGGGAGACUGCAUCUGGAACAAGGAACAUCUGCUGUCCUCACCCAUCAUCACUCAUGUUUGCCCUCGCCUGACGAUGUACAUCUCAUUCCUCUGUAGCAAAAAAAAAAAUAUGUUUCACAAGAAGGCCAAUAGCAGAUGCCAAAAUAAAUAAAUGUACAACUAUAAACACACAAAAGUCGCGGAAUUAAGGGCUGUCUUGCACAUCUGCAUUUGGGUGUGGUCUUCUCACCGCCUUAAAUGUUUUGAGGCAUCUGCCAUUCGUAGAACAGACUUGCAUCUGGUGAAAACUUUUUUGUGAUUUUAGUUCACAUUAAACAUUUAUUUUACGGACAAGUGGAACCUAUUAACCAGGCUUGUGCAUCAGUCCUUUGAUCUGCCACACACACACAUCUGAACGGUUGGGCGUAUCAUUUUGAAAUUUAACAUGCUGACAAGAUGUCUUCCACAUCCAUACUAUAAUAAACCUGUAUAACCGUCACGUCUGUACAUUGAAAAUAUUUGCCAAAAACUGAUUGCUGGUGAUGUAGGGAGUGGAACAGAAUACAAUAACACUAUUUUUCAAAACUUUGUCUGUUUGUCUGUAUGAACAUGAUAAUCCCCAAAACUACCAGAAAAAUUUUCAUGGGAUUUUCACAAGUAACUUGAUCAGCUUGGGGCAAAAUAUAUGCUUUAUUUCAUAAAAUCUGUUCACAGAAAAAAUAUAUAUAUUAAUUUAAAGUUUCAGUAGCUCAGUACAGUUUGUAGAAAAAUCAAAAGAUAGCGUUCUUCAUUAGUUGCUUCUUAUAAGGCGCUCACAGAAGUUUAUGGAUGUUUACCUCAGUGACACAAUCACGGCAUAGUACACCAAAGAACCAAUAUUUGGUGUUAGUUUUUUACCUCAGUGACAGAAGUAUUUUCAGAAGGCAGAAUAAAGCGCCACAGUCUUAUUUUUACGUUUACAAACUAACACUGCAUUUACUUGGCUAGGAUAUACAGAUUUUAUGAUUUUGCUUUGUGAUUUGGAUUUUAAAAACUUAAGGAAAUUGUUUUGAUCUUUCGAUAGGUUUUAUUUUUAUUUGACUUCUUAUGCAUUUCAGCCCCCAUGGAUUAAUGUACAUUUAUUGAUUUGAACAAAAAAAAAGCAUUUGAGUAGUACUGUCUGUAAAAAAAACAAACAUUUCAUUGUUUGCAUCAGCUAAAUUUGGUAGUUACAUUUGCAAAUUGUUAAACAAUGUUGCACCAUGCGUGUGUGUUUACAUAUCUAUACCUCGGAGGUAUAAGACACUAUGUCCACUUUUGGGCAAAAUGCACCUUUUAACCAUAAAUUUGACCACCGUUUAACUUUCUUUCUAGUGGUAUACAAUACCAAGAUGUGUGAUAUGUUAAAAAUGCACAUAAUUUAGGUAAAAAUACCUAGUUGAGUAAAUAUGUGAGGUCCUAUUUAAAAUCUUUAAAAUACUCUCAUGAAAAAUAUGGUUUGUGUGACAUAGUGUAUUAUGCUUCCAAUUAACAGAUAUACACAGGUAAGCGAAAUAUCACUCACUGACUCAGUAAUACAGAAUUCUCAGUAACUAUGUAACAGACACAGGCUAAGAAUGGAUUUUAUGAAAAUCAUCUGCCAAAGGAAGUUGCAGGGCGUUAAAAAUUAGAAUUUCACGAUUUUCAUCAUUAAGCACUACAAAAUUUAAUUUUUAUGCUUUUUUAGUCUCCGUGUCAAAGGCCAUUGUAUUGUUGUGUUUGUGAAUCUUUAUUUGACUAAGAGAAGUCUCUUCGCGAUGUGAUAAGCCCGGGCAACACCGGGUUCUUCGGCUAGUUUUUAAUAACAUUUGGCAACUUAAACCUGCACAAUGAUCAAUUAUUUAGACAAUCUAACACACAAACUUGAAUAACAGUGUUAUUAAAUAAAAUUUAAGGCUACAGUUAAUAGUUUUAUGUAAUUUAUUCUCCAAAUGGAAUUGUUUCUACAAUCUCAUCAAGAAAAAUGGGCAGUGCCACUUGUCUUGGGACACCCCAACAUGUUCCAUGAAGCAACACAAAAUGCUUUCUUAUUAACCAAGAAAAAUUUGUGAAGAGUUUCAAGGCCACCAAAUGUGAUUCAUUAGAUAUAUAUUUGUUGGAUAUAUUGAGGGUAAAAAGAUAAAAUGCUUAAGACGUAUGGUCGCAGCAACACAUGAAAUACAAAUGAGCUUCUAGAUCAUGACAAAAUGAGGAAAUAGUGCAGGAGAUCAAACCCAGCCUAAGAAUAAAUAGUAGGUACAAUAAGAUAGUCUUAAAAAUAAAAUAAAAUAAA